GCACUCUAUUGUCUGCCCUGUGCAUCGCUCAGUGUGCUCCGUGCCUGCUGCACAUACACAGCUUCCUUUUUCUACAGAAGCUAUUAACAUCCUUUAGGGAAAUCACUGGGAUUUCCUUCGGAUCUUCCCUGGUCCCCACGGAGGUUUGCACUGGACCACUGUACAAGAAAGCAGACAUUCCUAGAUCAUUAUCUGAAAGCCACUUUUCAAGCCUAGAAGGACCCACAGCUGCUCAGACUGUGUUGCUGUGAAGGCAGAAGCUGACGUUCUGAUCCAUCACCAGUGUUGCAGUUAUUGCCCAGCAUCAGUGCCCUCGCACAGUGCCCGGUUGAGUUCUGGAGCGUUAUGUCUUGAAUGGCAAUCAGUGCGUUUUCCCAGCAAUAGACUGCUCUGUGUUCCUGUUUGCCCACCUAACUCCAGCAAUGUCAACUUCGGGUGGAAAGAAAGAGCAGUGGAAUGGUCUAGAAUCACUGGGAAUGAGCCGAAAAGAACUGGCUCUAGCAGAGGCCCUGCAAAUGGAGUAUGAUGCUCUCUCUAGACUCCGCAAAGAUAAUAAACCUUCUUUGAGUAAUGAGAGCCAUCUCAUCUCCUGGGAUGAUGUCCCACAGACCCCAUCUACUGUCCCAUCACCCCCUCAAACCAAACCUCCGCCUUCUGGAGACUACCUGUAUAUUUAUGGAGAUGAAUACCACAGCAAUGGAUGUGAUGAAGGAAGGAGGUCCCCCAAAAAUCUUUCGCCUCCACCACUACCACCUCGCACACACAUAUUGAGCCAAUGCAAAGAGCUGUCCCCGUCCAAAGCAAAAGUUUCUCAUUCACGGGACAUAAAUGUGUACACAGGAGACAUGGGAGGGAAGCUGCUCAGUCGCAGGAUUUCAGAAAUGGAGGAGGAAGAUGAUAACUUAUUGGAAAGGAGAGCUGGCUUCUCGGAUUUAGACUAUGAGGGAAUAAAUGAUACAAUAACUCGCCUCAAUUUGGCAUCUACUUAUGAUUCUGAGCUACUACGUAACGCAGAAGGCCAUUGGAAGGGUGUAGGUUUACGAAAAGGUAUCACUGGAAAACCAGUAGCUCGAAGCAACACGUUGCCACCACAAGUCCCACCUCGUACCUAUGGACAGAAACAAUCCAGGAACACCAGGUUUUCUAUUGGACCAGACUCGAUCCGGCCGUACCCCCAGCAGAACGGCUGCGAGCUGUUUGAGAUGUCAGAGCAGAGGGAUGAGGACACGGCUGCAUUUUGUCACAUGCUGGAUGUUCUGCGCUCUGCACAAAGUAUGACCGAUCAAAUACACACAGGCAUUGUCUGGAGUCCUGUUAACCUCAGUCCUGAGCACCUGGGUCCUGGUGUGAGCUUGAAAGUUACAGUGAUUAUUGACCAACUGAGAGAUCCCCUGACUUUCACCUGUGAUUGUUCCUCUACUGUAGAUCUACUGAUUUACCAGACUCUUUGCUACACCAUUGAUGAUUUGAAGGAUCUUAGUGUAUCUGAUUAUGUGCUCAAGCUCUGUGGCUUGGAGGAGUUCCUGCAGAACGAACAGCCCCUUGGAAGUCAUGAAUACAUUCAACAGUGCAGGAAAUUUGACACAGAUGUCCGGCUUCAGCUGAUUAAAAAGGAGAUGGUUCUGGGUGAUCUUGCAAGAACGGCCAGUGAUAUCCAGAGCCCAUCUACUCUGAACCAUCAUGUCCAUCUCCAGGAGAGACCAGUCAAACAGACCAUCACCAGACAGGCGCUGUCUCUGCUCUUUGACACCUUUCAUAAUGAGGUGGAUGAAUUUGUUGCAUCAGACGCAGAAUUCCACCUACGAGCAGAGAGGGUGGUACAGUCAGUGAAAGCAAUCUGCAAUGCACUGGCAGCUGUUGAGACCCUGGAAAUCAGCAAUGCCCUCAACAAGCUUCCUCCCUGUCCUUCCCGAGUCCAGAUCAAGUUCAAUAAGGACCCCAACUUUCUGACCCAAAGAGAGAACAGAGAGAAAGUUGUAGAGAGCCUUACGGCAGCCAUCUUGGAUUUGGUCCAGCUUUAUUGCAGCACAUUCAAUGCUGACUUCCAGACAGUGGUGCAUGCUGAACGCAAGCAAAGUAUGACUCAGGACGCGUCACUCCUCACCAGCCCCCUCGCCUUCACUAUCUAUGCUGCACAUCGCAUCCCCAUUACAUGGGCAGCCAGUUAUGAGGAUUUCUAUGUAUCCUGCUCCCUGAGUCAUGGUGGAAAGGAGCUGUGCAGUCCUCUGCAGACCCGUAAGAUCCACGUGUACAAAUACCUGUUCCACCUCAUUGUUUGGGAUCAGAUGAUUUGUUUUCCGGUCCAGAUAAACCACCUUCCCCGAGAGACUUUGUUAACGGUUACACUGUUUGCUGUCCCUGUUGCCCACCCUGGAAGCUCCUCUGAGGCCAGCAAGCAAAGACGAAGUCCUCAGUCACUAGGCUGGGUCACUACUCCGCUGUUCAACUGUAGGCAACUUUUAACCUGUGGUCGUCGACUACUGGGUCUCUGGCCGACUUCCAAGCAUGGCAGCACUAGCUUCAGUACACCAAAUGUGAACCAGCCGGACAGCAUCAUUCUUCAGAUCGACUUCCCUACUUCUGCAUUUGAUGUGAAAUUCACAAAGCCAGAAAGUAAGGCAUUUAGUCCCAGGUACGACUUGUCCUGCUUGUCUGAGGAGGACAGGAGCAAGCUGCGUGAGGCCAUGCAGAAGGAGUCUUUAUACUGGCUGACGGAUGUGGAUAAGAAACGAUUGUGGGAAAUGCGCUACUACUGCCACUCUGAGAUUAGUUCCCUUCCAUUGUUGUUGGCCAGUGCACCGAGUUGGCAGUGGGCAUGCCUGCCAGACAUCUAUGCGUUACUAGGCCAGUGGACUCAUAUGAAACAUCAGGAUGCCCUGGGUCUGCUUCAUGCCACGUUCCCAGACCAAGAAGUGAGACGUACAGCCGUGCAGUGGAUUGAUUCAAUUUCUGACGCUGAGCUCCUGGAUUACCUACCACAGCUUGUACAGGCGUUGAAAUAUGAAUGUUACCUGGAUAGCCCACUUGUCAGGUUCCUACUGAAAAGAGCCAUCUGCGACCUAAGGAUCACACACUACUUCUUCUGGCUGCUGAAGGAUUGUCUGAAGGAUUCUCAGUUCAGCAUCCGCUAUCAGUACCUGCUUGCUGCACUCCUUUGCUGUUGCGGGAAAGGCCUGAGAGAGGAGUUUGAUCGUCAGUGCUGGCUGGUGAACACAUUAACUAAGUUGGCUCAGAAGGUCAGAGAGGGAGCUCCGUCAGCCAGACCAGAUAUUCUGAAAAAUGGAUUAGAGGAUGUCAAGCAGUUCUUUGCUCUGAAUGGAUCAUGCCGCCUCCCGCUGAGCCCCAGCCUCCUUGUGAAAGGUAUUGUUCCACAGGGCUGCUCUCAUUUCAACUCAAAUGCUGUACCUCUAAAGCUUACGUUCCAGAAUGUGGACCCACUUGGAGAGAACAUCCCUAUCAUUUUUAAGUGUGGAGAUGACCUCAGACAGGACAUGCUGACCUUGCAGAUGAUCAGAAUCAUGAAUAAAAUCUGGAUUCAAGAGGGUCUAGAUAUGCGCAUGGUGAUCUUCCGCUGCUUCUCCACAGGCCGGGGGCGAGGUAUGGUUGAGAUGAUCCCAUCUGCAGAAACUCUGAGGAAGAUCCAGGUGGAGCAUGGAGUAACUGGCUCAUUUAAAGACCGACCACUGGCUGACUGGCUACAGAAGCACAAUCCCACAGAGGAUGAGUAUGAUAAGGCAGUGGAGAAUUUCAUCUACUCAUGUGCAGGAUGUUGUGUAGCCACCUAUGUGCUUGGGAUAUGUGAUCGGCACAAUGACAACAUCAUGCUGAAGACCAGUGGACACAUGUUUCACAUAGACUUUGGCCGCUUCCUGGGACAUGCACAGAUGUUUGGGAACAUAAAACGGGACCGUGCCCCUUUUGUCUUCACAUCGGACAUGGCAUAUGUUAUUAAUGGAGGGGACAAGACGUCCAGCCGCUUUCAUGACUUUGUAGAUUUGUGCUGCCAGGCUUAUAACCUCAUCCGCAAGCAUACUCACCUUUUUCUCAACCUACUGGGAUUGAUGCUGUCGUGUGGGAUUCCAGAAUUGUCUGACCUGCAAGAUUUGAAGUAUGUCUAUGAUGCUCUGCGCCCACAAGAUUCCGAGGCCGAUGCCACCACCUAUUUUACCCGCCUCAUAGAGUCCAGUCUGGGAUCAGUGGCCACGAAGCUGAAUUUUUUCAUUCACAACUUGGCCCAGCUGAAGUUUAGCGGCUCAGAUGAGCGCUUAGCACUCUCUUUUGCCCCAAGGACUCACACAAUGAAGAUGAACGGAAGGAUAAGUGACGUGUUCCUUACCAGAUAUAAGAAGAUAUUCAAUCCUAACAAAGGCUAUGUUUAUGUCAUUAAGGUGGAACGAGAAAGCCCCCACACCACCACUUAUAUCCAGAGGUCCUUUGAGGAAUUCCAGGAGCUGCACAGCAAACUCAGGCUCCUUUUCCCAUCAUCACAACUUCCCAGUUUCCCAAGCCGCUUUGUUAUUGGCCGGUCCCGUGGUGAGGCUGCAGCAGAGCGUCGGAAGGAAGAAUUAAAUGGAUAUGUUUGGCACUUGAUCCAUGCACCCCCUCAAGUGGCAGAGUGUGAUCUGGUUUAUACUUUUUUUCACUCCCUUCCUCGGGAUGAGAAGAACAUUAGCAACACUAUAGCACACAGGCCAUCAGAUGCAACUUGGUAUGUGCCCGUGGGGAAAGUUGGGGGAGAGGUCAAACUUUCUAUCUCUUAUAAGAAUGACCAGUUGUUCAUUAUGGUGAUGCAUAUCCGUAGCCUGCCUCUUCAGGAUAACAAUGAGCCAAAUCCAUAUGUGAAGAUUUAUCUGUUACCAGAUCCACAAAAAACAACAAAGAGGAAAACUAAAGUGGCAAAGAAGACGUGCAACCCAACGUACAAUGAAAUGUUAGUUUAUGAUGGAAUUCCUAAGGGGGACCUUCAGCAACGCGAGAUCUGGCUGACUGUGCUCAGCGAGGAAGGAUUUUGGGAGAACAUCCUGCUGGGAGAAGUCACCAUUUUACUCCGAGACCUGGAUCUCAGUCAAGAGAAAAUGUGCUGGUUCAAGCUUGGUUCUGCUAGCCAAACAGCUAAUUAAAUAACACUGAGCAAAUUCUAGCAUAGAAAAUAGCAUGUGUCACCUCUUUGGUGAUGGCUCUACAAUGCCUUGUUUUGUUUAUAAGGCUAUUGUAAUCAGAAACGAGCUCAAGGAGUUUUCAUUUUAAUUGACAGCGGAUAUUAAUAUAUAUUAUAUUUUUUUUUCCAAGGGAAUUCAAGAAACUGCAAAUACUUACAGGCUUCCUUCUAGAGAAGGGUUUCAAAAGAAGACUGGAAAUAUUACAGUAACUUAAAUAAGUUUACCUUGUGUCAAGGGAACCAGACUAGUGCAGAAAUCGCUUUUUUUUUUUUUUUUUUGCUUUCUUUUUCAGGGGUGAGGGGGGAUGUAGUAGUCUAGAAUUCUUAUCCAUUUAUAUUCUGAAUAUGUAAAUGGGAUUUGGCCAUAGGGGUGGGUGGGAACAAUUAGCAGUUGAUGAAUUUUAUCCUGGAAAUUACUAGUGAAGCCAGAUCUAAGCACCUUUUUAAGGGUUCAGUAUGAAUUACAUAUUCUCCCUCUAUGGGUGUUGUGGACACCCACAUAGACAGAAUUACUUGUGGCGCUGGUAUUCCGGCAGCGGUAUUUCACCACUAGUCGGGAUUCCAGCGUCUGCAUUGUGACCGCCGGGAUCCCGACUAGUGGUAUUUUAACUGCUUCCCCCUUUUUAAUGCAGUUGCAUUGAAGAUGUAUGUAUGUUUUACACCUAUUCUCUACAUUUUGUUGUGUCAUUGUUUCUGUAUUUAUUUAAUUUCCAUAGUUUGUACAAAAUCUACUUCUGUUUAGUAGAUCUGUCCCUUUACUCUUAUCAAAAUUAGAUAUUAAAAAAAGUAAAAACAAUGUAAAUUGACAAUAUAUAAUUGGACCAAUAAUACCUAGCCUAGAAUAAUGUGUCAUGCAGAACGUUUGUCUCUAUAAGGGCUAGUACCUCAUGUACAAAUUGUUGGGUGUAACCAUAAGGCUGCAAUUAGAUAUAGGCCUCUGACCUGUAUUAUACUUGUAAGGCUGCAAUUAGCCAUAGGCCUCUGACCUGUUUCUUUGAGCUCUGUGGGGAGCGUGACUCCUGGAUUGUUCUAAUUUUGAGGUGCUUUUUCAUGGACCGUAAUAAACAUCCAUUACUCAUUCAAUAGAACUGCUUUUAUAGAUGUAUGGUGUAACAUUACAUGGUUUAUAAGUAUAAGUACAUGUUAAAAUAAUAAAUCUGUAUCUAGGUAGAAUCAAGGGGACCAUUUGAGUGAUCUCCAGAGUGGUAUUGACUUUGCACAAGUGAUUGCACUCAUAGGAUGCCAAGAAAUUGUGACUGUUAUAUAAUCAAUAAGAAACUUAUUGAAAUGUUGUACUUGAAAGAACAUCAGGACAUUUCUGACAUACGUGACACACAAUUAUGCUUGGCUCAUCUAAGCUUCACCAUGCAGUGAAGUGCCUGCAGGUAAUAACAAUCCAGUCUCUCCAACAUGUGAAGACAUCCUGGGGUUUGUGAGGUGGAAAUGGAGUCGGCGAUUCUCGAAUGGUGGGAUUUUGGGCUCUAAUGCCGUGGACAAAUUAAAGACAAUGCUUCCCAAGGAGAGCUACUUUAUAGAGGGCAGUAGUGCAUUUAUUCCUGCCUGUUACUGACCACUAAUGCAAAGUGUAUAAUGAUGUCUAUGUGUUGAAUAAAUGAGGCGUUGUUCUAA